AUGGAACGACCUGACAUCUCCAUUGUCGCCGUCGAGCUGAACGGCCACAAACCCCCUAGGACAAUGGUGCUGCGUGGUGAGAACAUGGGCCCUCCACCCCCCUCCUCCAAGACCCGCGGCGCAUCACACCACCCCCCGAUGCGCAAAGCACCGCCGUCAACGGACCGCCCGUGGGAGUAUCUCCCGCCGCCGCCGCACAAUGGUAGUUACGGCAUAAGACUGCCGCCCUCGCGAGGCUCGGAGCGAGGAGCGCCCGCCCGCUAUGCCCGCCGCGACCGCAGCCCCAACACCCACCACGCCGUGCAGCCACCGUCGCAGGCGCCCUCGAUACGCAGCGGCAGCGAGUACUCCGCCGAAACCCGCGACGACGAGCCGGGCAUGUCGUCAACGACGACGACAACGACACCGGCGGACGACGACAAAGCCAAAUCGGACGGCGACUCGCAAUCCUCAGCGUCUUCGUCGGCGGAGGCGCUGCUGCCGGUGGUCAAGGUCGACGUGGUGCCGCCGCUCACCAAGGUGCAUUUCGCCUGCUACCAGUCGCACCGGUCGUUCAUGGCGUCCAAGAACGCGUACUACUCGGUGCCGUGCAUGACGUGCCUCAAGACCGACCAGCUGGCGCGCUGGCGCUGCACCUUCUGCAGCCUGCGCGUGUGCGGCGACUGCGCCAAGGGCAUCGGGAAGUGCAAGAACCGCUCGCUGAUGGAGUUCCUCGAGCACCUGGUGCAGGACCUGGAGGGGGCGUGA